UGAUGAUGUUUAAAGGAAGAUUUAUGACUAAAAUAUAAAAAGAGGAAGACUAACAGAAAAAGAAAAAUGGUUGAUAAGUGGCACAUGUAUCUGCUGGGACUAAUAACUAUAUCUUUCUCUAAUUAUCUCACAGGUACCAGUGAAGCGGAAGAGAUUGAUGUGUUCUGUAGUGAUGGAGUAAAUGUUACUCUGCCCUGCAGUGAUGCUCAUCCUGACUGCACAUUAACACACUGGUUCUAUCGUAAAGAAAACAAACCAACUGGAGUUCAACUGUUUAUUAAAGGAAUAAAGACGAUGGACCAUGAAAGACUGAGUCUGGGGUCUGACUGCUCUCUGAACAUCUAUAAAACCACAAAAGAAGAUCACGGGCUUUACACCUGCCGACAACUAAUAGAUGAAAUUGAUCAACACACUGAUGUCCAAGUUUAUCUGCAUGUUCUUCAUGUGUCUUUAUCAUCCACACAGACUGAGAUUAAAGCAGGCAGAUCUGUCACUUUCUCCUGUCAAUUAUAUUCAAUAGAUGGAUAUGAUUGUGAGCGUUUGCUCGAAAAGGAUGAAUUUCAGAUGAUCUGGGUGAAUGAGUCUGAUGUUAAUCUUCAAUCAGACUCCAGAUAUCAGAUCUCAUCUUCAACAAAACACUGUAACAGCAGUCUGACUACAACACUCCUGAAUGAAGACAACAACAGAGAGUUGAGAUGUCAGAUUAUUAAAGGAACUGAAGUUAAGACCUCAGCCGGAUACACUGUCAAGAAUUUGGUGACCAAAAGCAAUUUACUUCGCACAGUAAUUCUUGCUGUAUCUGCUGCUGCAGUUUCUCUUCUUGCUCUUCUUCUUCUCUGGCUGUUCUGUAAUAAAAGAGCCGGAAAAAGAAAAAUGGCUCAGGAUUCACAUGUUCAGGAGUCAAAUAAGACGACAAAUCCUGCAGUCUGUGAGAUGAAGAGCAGUUUCAAUCCUCCUACUGUUCAUGGCAAUGAGAAGACAGAGGAUGUGGCUUAUGCUGAGAUCAAUCACAAGAAAGCAGUUACUGAUAGACACAAUGUUCAGUGUGAUAAUAAAGUGACCUAUGUGACCGUCAGAGGAGGAACUGUUGGACACCAGGCUAUCUGAAUAUGGCUGUACACGGUCAAAAAAUAUAAUAAUUUACAAAACUGUACCUUUUUGUUGUUGGGGUGGUGCCCUCAACGGUUCAUUUUUGUAUCUUUAUGGGUAUACGACACAUUGAAUUGUUGUACCUUUUGGGGUACAAAAUAGGUCCUUGAGGUACAGUAAUGUACCCCAAAAGGUACUACAUUGUAUUAUGUUUUGUAUACCUGUAAAGGUACAAAACGAUAUCACUUAGGGUAACGCCCCAGGGACAAAAAGGUACAAGUUUUUUUUGACAGUGUAUGGUCAAGCGGGUUUUCUUGAACAAAAUAAAAGCAAGACCACCCAAAUAAAUACACAAAAUAUAUAUUUGUUACUUUCAAACCAAUGUUGGGUCAAAAGAAAUAUACACUCUCAGUUCAGGUAUUUUUGACCCAACGCUGGGUUUGACGCUAGAGUGUGUGUAAUAAAAAUAAUGUUUGUUAUUCCUCACAUUUUUAUUUCCUGAUAAUGUCUUUUUUAAAUUUAUUAAAAAAAUUUUUACAUGUAAGAUUUUAUCAAAUGCCAAUCCACUGGCCACUUGCAUUUUUAAAAUGAGAUUACAAUCAGCUGUUGUUUGCAUGGAUUGUCCUUAUGGGCUACUGUAUAUGCUUCAGUAAAUAUGCUCUGUUAAAAUGUAAUUGCUUGUGAAAAUAUUAUUAAAUCAGCCUCUUUAACCUGUUAGCCCUCAUUCGAUUUUCCGAACCCCCCCACAAAAACUGUCAUAGCCAAACUAAAAUAGAUACAGUUUAUGAAGUCUUUGCACUAAAAGCAUAAGUUUGGUCUCAUUUGAAAGCAGACACUUGGAAGUUUAUUAAGAGGUGAACAUUAGUUACUGUCAUAAUGAAAAAAGUUGUUAUAGAGAGCUUAAAUUAUACUUUUUUAUAAACUCCACCAAACAUGUAUGAAAUAUUGUUAUGAAAAUCUAAAUGAAAUUGGCCUUGGAGCAAUCUAGAAAUGCUCUGCAGUUAAAGCCACAGGUCUGACCAUGUUCUGUUUUAAAUCUGAAGAUGAUACCUCUAAAACUCUGUAUUUUAUGAAAUGUUUUUUAGACCCAUGUCAUGUAAAUUUAUUUAGAGAAAACAGCAAAAAUGCUAAGCUAAUGUUUGUUUAUUUAUAUCUCACAACAUCC